AUGAAUGCGACUGGAAACUCCACUGGCUGCUUAAGGGCAAAAUGCCUGUUUACAACUGGUGAAAGAGUGGCCAUUGUUAUCUUCUUCAGUGUGAUUUUCAUUGCCUCUUUGGUUGGAAACUGCAUCUUAUUCGUGGCAAUUAUUCGUAAUAAGCGACUACGACGGAGCUCCACGAACUUUUCAUUCCUCAGCCUUAGUUUCGCGAACAUCCUUAUCACAAUCUUCUGCAUUCCAGUGUUCACAAUCGACGCGUUUAUCGCGGAGAGUUGGCUCUUUGGAUCGAUCGGCUGCAAACUUGUCAACUUUCUCCAAACAAUGUCUAUAAACGCUGCUAUUUUGACCCUGCUCGUGAUCAGCGUGGAGAAGUUUUUGGUCGUUUAUUUUCCAUUCCAAUUCCGAUCUCAACGAACCAAAGUUCGCUACUUAGUGUUUUUCGCUUGGAUACUUGGCAUCAUCCAACCCUCGGUAUAUCUCAGUUACAGAAAAGUCAAAGAAAUCAAUGGAGUUCAAUGGUGUUUCGAACAGUGGCCGUCGCCUGAUACACGUAAAAUCUAUAUUGUUGCUCAGGUAUUUGUCCUACGUUUUGCGCCCCUCAUGUUCAUGAUGUUUCUUCACGCGCUGACUAUAAAAAGAAUUAAGGCGAGAUUACAGUACCGUAGAUCCAGCAAUGAAGAAGGAAACUUUAAUGGACCCGGCACGGUACAAAUCAGCUCGCACGCACUGAAGAUCCGAAAGAAAGCUGUAGUUAUGCUUGUUGUGGUUGUUACAACUGCUACGGUAACGUUGUUCCCUUUCAAUAUCCUGGCCUGUUGGAGAGCACUCGCUAAUCCCAAGAUUACCGAUCUGUUCUCUGCCAAUCUUGUAUACUCGGUCACGUUGUGGCUUAUGUACUUCAACAGUGCUUCCCAUCCCAUCAUCUUCGGCCUGAUGAGUACAGAAUACCGUAAAGCUGCCAAGAGCUCCUUUAGAUCUUUUGUUCGGAAAUCCUCGGCGCCAAGCCGGAUUGUCGUUUCGAGCUCCAAAAAGAACAAAGAGGAACCCAUGAUUAUGACAGGGCUAGCUUCUGGUUCCGCUUAA